AUGUGUAAAUGUGAACCUGACGGGUGUACAACUCCAGUUGGGAGUUUCAGACCACUUGCCGUUUGCAGUCAGCUUGUCGAUACGUUGACUGAGACGUUUCUUGUCCUCCUGGCAACGAUUGAGAAAGUGACGCAGCUCGCGGGCAUCCUCUUCGGCCGAGAGACUCUGUUGAUGAGCCUCCGUCAGAGCCUUCGUCAAGCGUUGUUUCUCCUACACGUCAGUUUAACGGUCGCAAUGCAGGCGUUUCGACGUGGGGAAGAAGCAUUCAGGCGCACAGAUUUGAAUUGGUCAACGAAAAAAGGGGAAAAAUAA